AUGACAGCAAGCUAUUAUCUAGGAUUAGACUUAUCUACCCAGCAAUUAAAAUGUACUCUUAUCAAUGAUGAGCACACUAUUGUUUGGGAGAAGGCUGUGAAUUUUGACAACGACUUGCCUGAAUUUGGAACGAAGCAUGGUGCAAUUGUAAAUGACAAUGUCGUCACCUCGCCAACGCUAAUGUGGGUAGCAGCUUUAGACAUGUUACUUUGUAGUCUGAAAGAGACUCGAUAUAUUGGUUGUAUCAGGGGUAUAUCAGGUGCUGGUCAGCAACAUGGCAGCGUAUAUUGGAAGCAAGCAGGCAUCACUCAAAUUCAGCAAUUGGAUCCUCAGCAGUCUCUAGCAAAGCAGUUAAAAGAUGCAUUUGCCAUUACACAGUCGCCUAUAUGGCAAGAUGCGAGUACAACUGCAGAAUGUCGCGCUUUGGAAGAAUUUGUUGGAGGCCCUCAGGCAUUAGCUGAUUUGACUGGGUCCAAAGCAUACGAGAGAUUUACAGGAAAUCAAAUCGCAAAGAUAUACCAUACAAAUGAAGAUGCAUAUGAAAAUACCGCAUAUAUCAACCUUGUCAGUUCAUUUUUGGCAACUCUUCUACUAGGUCAGUUUUCUCCGGUCGAUGCCGCUGAAGGUUCAGGAACCAACUUGAUGAAUAUCAAAAAUCAUAAAUGGGAAAAAAAACUACUCGACUAUUGCGGAGGUCCUGAUUUGGUAAAGAAAUUGGCUAAAGAGCCAGUGGAAGGCGGUACCGUUUUGGGCAACAUCAAUUCAUACUAUAGCAAAAGAUACGGUUUUCCUUCAGAUUGUAAGGUUAUGCCUUUUACUGGCGACAAUUCUGCAACACUUGUCUCCAUGAAUCUAAGUGAAGGUGACUGUGUGAUUUCCUUAGGUACAUCGGAUACUGUCUUGGUUUAUCUAAAGAAGGGUGCUGCCGCAACUACGGAUUCACAUCUAAUGGCACACCCCACAGACUCUGAAGGUUUUAUGGGUAUGCUCUGCUACAAAAACGGCUCCCUCACCCGUGAAUAUAUUAGAGACAGUUACGCUAAUGGCAGCUGGGACACCUUCAACGAGUAUUUGGUUCAAAAAGAGGCUUUAUUGAACGAUUGUUACGGAUUUUAUUACUAUAUGCAGGAAAUCAUUCCAUUUGCCAAAGGCAUUUAUCGUUUUGAAAAUGGUAGUGCAUUGAACGAUUUCACAGACAAGACUAUAAAUGUGAAGGCUAUUCUUGAAUCACAGUUCAUGUCCAUGAAAAUUAGAUUACAGCGUAUGGGUGGUAAUAAAGUUAAGCGCAUUCUAGCUUCUGGCGGUGCCUCCAAAAAUCCCAUGAUUUUACAAGUGUUGUCUAAUAUUAUGGGAUUACCAGUCUAUAGACAAAAAGGAGCGAAUGGCGCAAGCCUUGGCGGAGCUUUGCUUGCCAAAUAUGCUGUACAAAACAAACCAUUCGAAGAAAUGAUGGCAGAACAUUCUUCAACGGAUUUGGAGCUUAUUUGCGAACCAGAUAUGGAAAGAACAAAGCGGUAUUCAGAACUCGUAGAUAAAUUUGUUGACUUGGAGAGUACAAUAGCAAAAUAA